AUGCCGUCCGCGCGAGACACGGCAUCGACCCUCCUCGCGGGACUGGAUGAGGACGUGCUCGACUAUCUCGUGACGAUGCUGGAGGGCGACGAGGAGCAGGAGGCGAUGGAGGCGACCGUCGCCGAGUUUUUGCUGUCGACCGAGCACGUCGCCACCGAAGAGGAGGCGACUGCCAAGUGCCGGGAGCUUUUUGCGGCGCUGUCAUGCGCGGGAGCCGCCGACGCGGCGGAGACGGCCGCGGCGCCCGAACCUGAGCUCAAGGUGCUCGAGCAAAAGACGAGCAUCGCCGAGUCGGACUCGCACCUCUUCCGGGACGUGUCCAAGGACGAGCUCGGCGGCCGCCUGGUCGACCUGGAUGAGGCGCUUGAGGUGCGAAGGAAGCGCAAGGCGCGGCAGGAGGCCGAGCUGAGGGCAGUCCGCGCGGCGCACAGCCGCGUCCUGGCGCAGCGAGCGGCGGAGGACGCCGCGCUUGCGGCGGCGACGACGGCGGCGGUGGAGCUGCGGGCGAAGCAGGGCGCGUACACGGGCGCGGCGUCCUUCACGCUGGUGCGCGGCCGGAUCUACGCGCUCAUCGGCCGGAACGGGAAGGGCAAGUCGACGCUGCUGCGCGCGCUCGCAUCGCGGCUGGUGGGCGACAUCCCGCCCGCGCUGACGGUGCACUACGUCUCGCAGGAGGUGCACUACGUCUCGCAGGAGGUGCAGCUCGACGAGGAGCGGCUCGGCUGGACGCCGGCGCAGGCAGAGGAGCUGGAGGCACUCGAGCUGGCGGCCGCGGCGUCGGACGAGCAGGCAGCUGCUGGAGGCGCGGCACGCGGGCGCGGCCGUGCGUCCCUGACGCGUCCGCGACACGUCCCCUGCAGACGGGCCGGCUGCAGGAGGCCCGACUUGCUGCUGCUCGACGAGCCGACCAACCACCUCUCGAUCGGCGCGGUGCUGUGGCUCGCGAGGGAGCUCUCCACCUCGCCGACGUGGCAGCAGCGGAUGGCGGUCGUCGUCUCGCACGACCGCGUCUUCCUCGACGAGGCGGCCACCCCGCACAACCUCUCGCAACCAAGUCCCGCACUUCUUCUCUCGGCCCACCUCGGCCCCUGGCUCACCUCGGCUCACCUCGGCUCACCUCGGCUCACCUCGCCCGACGAGGUUGCGACCGACACGCUGCACGUGAGCGGGGCGGCGCGCCAGCUGACGCAGAGCCGCGGAAACUACUCUGGUUGGGCGAAGCGGCGCGCGCAGCAGCAGCUGACGCACGAGCGGGAGAUGGAGUCGAAGCGGCGGAUGAUCGCGGAGCUGCGCGCGUUCAAGCCGCUCGGCUCGACGCCAAAGCAGAUGAAGAUCUUCAAGUCGAAGGAGAAGAUGGCCGACAAGCUCGAGGAGGAGGAGCGGAUCGCCACCCGCCGCCCCACACACCCACCGGACACGUGCUGCUACACCACCCUCCGUCGACACCCCCCUCCGAUGACACGCCUGCUGGCGCGCGAGCUGGACGAGCAGGCCGCCUCACUGACCGAGGACGCGGAGCUUCCCCUCUCGCUCAAGGCUGGCGGCGAGGUGUCGGGCUUCCUCGUGCAGGUCAAGGGCGUGUCCUUUGGCUACCCGGGCUCGGCGGCACCCCUCUUCUCCGGCGUCGAGAUGGGCAUCGACGCUCGCUCGCGGAUCGUGCUGCUCGGCGAGAACGGCAACGGAAAGACGACGCGCGCGCUCGUCAAGCUGCUGCUGGGCGACCUCGCCCCGACGGCGGGCGAGGUGGUGAGUGCGGGCGGCGUCCGCAUCGCCCUGGUCAACCAGCACCACGCCGACCAGAUCGACCUCACGCUCUCGCCGCUGCAGUUCCUGAUGGAGCGCUUCCCGGGCGACGGCUCGUACGCGCACGAGCAGGCGCUCCGCUCGCACCUCUCCGGCUGCGGCGUCACCUCCGAGAUGAUGACGCUCCCCUCCUCGGCGCUGAGCGGAGGGCAGCGCUCGCGUGUCGCCCUCGCCGCCGUCUCAUACACGCAGCCGCACAUCAUCGUCCUCGACGAGCCGACAAACAACCUCGACCUCGAGUCCGUCGCCGCGCUGGCCGACUGCCUCGACAGCUUCGAGGGCGGGGUCGUGCUCGUGUCGCACGACCAGUACUUUGUGGGCCGCGUCGCCAAGGAGGUGUGGCUCGUCGACAAGGGGUCCGUCCGCCGCCUCCCCUCCUUUGACGUGUACCGCACGCAGCAGCUCAACAAGCUCAAGUAG